AUGUAUAUUAGCAUUAAUAAUCACUCGUCGUUCUCUGAAGUCAGCCUGGACCCAGAAGUCAACGGAGCCCAAGAAAGCAUGGAAAAGGUGACCAUAAGUGAUGCACUGCCGUCUAUAACUACUACAUUAAGCAGCCCCAUAAUGGAAGAGAUUGCAACGGAACGCACAAACAACAUCAUCAUCACCAUCACAGAACCACAGAAGAUUGGCGAAGGCAUGAGCUCCUACGUAGCUUACCGUGUGCUCACCAAAACCAACAUGCCUAUAUUCAGCAGGCAUGAGUUCGCUGUGUGGAGACGCUUCAGUGACUUCUUAGGGCUCCACGAGAAACUGACAGAGAAGUAUCUUCGCUCUGGAAGAAUAAUACCUCCGGCCCCUGAGAAAAGCAUAGUUGGAACAACCAAGCUAAAGAUGACAUCGACGCCGUCAACGGAGAGCGCUAACGGGAGCAACUCAGGCAACGUGCAGUCCCAGUUUGUGGAGCGACGGCGCGCGGCGCUCGAGCGGUUCCUGAACCGCGUGGGGCAACACCCUGUGUUGUGCAUCGAUCCGGACUUCAGGGAGUUUCUGGAGUCAGACACAGAGCUGCCAAAAGCCACCAGCACGUCUGCUCUGAGCGGCGCAGGAGUGCUGCGGCUCUUCAACAAGGUCGGCGAGACCGUCAACAAGAUCACCUACAGGAUGGACGAGUCCGACCCGUGGUUCGAAGAGCGCUCCACCCGCAUCGAAGCGCUAGAGACAUGUCUCCGGCGCCUCGCGGGCGCGUGCGAGGGAUUAGCUCACGAGCGCCGCGAGUUAGCGGCUCGCACGCACGAAGCCGCACGCGCCUGCGCCGCGCUGUCCGGCGCCGACCCGCACGCGCCGCUCUCGCGCGCUCUGAGCCACACAGCCGACCUGCACGAGAAGGUAGAACAGUUGAGGAUGGAGCAAUCGAACACAGACUUCUUCGUGCUGACGGAGCACAUCAAAGACUACCUCGGGCUCAUCAAUGCGAUCAAAGACGUUUUUCACGAAAGAGUUAAGGUAUUCCAAAACUGGCAACACGCUCAGAUGCAGCUGACGAAGCGGAGAGAGAACAAGGCGAAGGCCGAGCUCGCCAACCGCCCCGAGAAGAUAGAACAGGCCGCCAAUGAGAUUAUUGACUGGGAGGCGAAAGUGGAGCGCGGGCAGCAAGAAUUCGACACGAUAUCGCGCGUCAUCAAGAAAGAACUAGAGCGCUGGGACGAAGUCCGCCUCGGAGAGCUGCGAGCCACCAUACUGCGCUACCUCGAGGAGCAUAUGAAGCACCAGGCACAGUCGAUCCGCUACUGGGACGCGUUCCUUCCAGAGGCGCGGGCCAUCAAAUGAGGCCUGGAGUGACGCGCCAACCACCCACGACCCAAGCCAACACCGUUGUCACAGCAUACAGGAUACAGUAGGUCCACUCCAAACAUCGACUGAAGCUAUAUUACAUCAGCUGGGCUAGGAUGCGCGCGACUUCUUACGCGUGGAUCUCGUUUUAUUUCCCGUAGAAUUUUGCGAAAUACCGUCUUAGUGAGCGCCUACGUUCCAAAAGGAACCCCCAUUAAAAAUUUGAGACUCCUAGCAUUUGUAGUUUCUGAGAUUUCGAGAUGAGUGAGUCAGCCAGUGACCUUUCGCUUUCAUAUAGAUGCUGGGCUAGGAUGCGUGCAACGAUAAAAAGGAUUCUGGACGACAAAUGUAUGAGCUUAUCGAUGAAAGUCGAUAAAAUAUCUCGAUAAGACAAUAAGAUGUAACGGCGCGCAUCCUAGACUAGCAGAUAUCAAAUUGAGAGAAAAAUCCGUAGGCUUUGCCCAGUCUUAGUUGAUGACAUGCUAUAUUACGCUGUAUCAUGUUCAAUCAAACAAUUUUUGUAACGAAAUGGCAGUUUGAAAUAUAAUUUUGAAAAUGCAACAACAAAAAAAAACAGUAUAAAAUCAAUAUACCUCACACUAAUUUUAACAGUUAAAACCCUCUCGGUUGUCCACAGAACAGUCGAUUGGUUCGAUUGAGUAUUUUAAAUAAAUGCAAAAUCAUGAUAAAAUAAUAUUCCUCAGAAUACCUCAACAAACAAUUUGACGAAUGAUAAAAAUUGAACACGCUGUAGUAUCUACCACAGAAAAGUGGAAUAUUUGAAGCUUCCUCUAAAAUCACUGCCAUUUUGCAUA